AUGACGUCUGUCCCCCUCCCAGGUGACCGGCUCUUGCAGGUGGAUGGCGUGAGUCUGUGCGGCCUCACCCACAAGCAGGCUGUGCAGUGCCUCAAGGGUUCCGGGCAGGUUGCAAGGCUGGUCUUGGAGAGAAGAGGGCCCAGGAUGGCACAGCAGUGUCCUUCUGCUAAUAACAGGAUGGGAGAUGAGUGCACGGCUGUUUCCUUGGCAACGGUCUUGCCUGGAAGGCCCGCGAGCUGUGUCUUGGCGACAGAUGGUCCUAAGUUUGAAGUCAAACUGAAAAAGAACAUCAGUGGUUUGGGAUUCAGUUUCGUGCAGAUGGAGAGAGAGCACUGCGGCCACCUCAGGAAUGAUCUGCUGAGGAUUAAACGGCUCUUCCCGGGGCAGCCGGCAGAGGAGAAUGGGGCCAUCGCGGCUGGUGACAUCAUCCUGGCCGUGAAUGGAAGGCCCACGGAGGGCCUCGACUUCCAGGAGGUGCUCCAUUUACUGCGCGGAGCCUCGCAGGAAGUCACACUCCUGCUUUGCCGACCCCCUCCAGGCACGCUACCUGAGAUGGACCAAGGAUGGCAGACACCCUUGCUGUCAGCAGACAAAGAAUUCACCAGAGCGACAUGCACUGACUCAGAGCAGAGCCCCAGCCUGGAUCGAGAGGACAGCCAAAAGGACAGUGCCUCCCCAGAUGCAGGGGAAGGCCUGGGUCUCAGGCCAGAGUCUUUCCAACCGGCCACCAGAGAGGCACAAUGGGACCAAGACACAGAGAGACCCUGGGACACUUCCUUGACGUGUCCACAGGAUUCCUACCCUCAUUUAUGCCGACUUCACCGAGAAGUGGUUGCAUCAGCAUUGGCUACCUCUUUGGAAAAGGAUGUGAGGCAAAACUGCUAUUCAGUUUGCGAUAUCAGGAGACUUGAAAGUCCUCAAUGGUACAGUGAUGAUGAGGAAGGUGACGUGUGCCAUCCACCUGAAGCCCCUCCUCCCACCUGGGGGGAUGAAGCCUAUCUCAUCAUCAACUCUGCCUUGGAAGACCAGCUACCCUGUGGAGAAUGUCUGGAGGCAGAUUCAGGGACCAUUCCCUUACCGCAGUUCUGUUCUUGGGGGACUUUCUCAAAGUCUUUGCCUCCAGAAGAGCCCCAUGACAGUGAGAGUGAGUGGGAAGACCUCGAGGAGGCUGAGGACCCGGAUGAUGGCACCCUCAGAUAAGCAGAGAAAUGGGGACAGUCUCCCGAGACAGAACCCAAGGAUUUCUGCAUGAACAUCCUUCUGACUGUGAUCACAUGGAAGAAUCCUCAGAUGUUGGUCCAGCCAAUGUACCCACAUACUCCACAAUCAGUAAAGGAACUUGAGGGUUCCUGAGAACAUGACGUGGGAUGGAGGGUCUGGCCCAGUGGUGAAGAGGUGACUUCAAGAAGAUCAUGCCUAUCACUUCUGGAACUCAUUUUGAAUAGUGGUUGUGGCCCCUCUUCAGUUCUGGGCACUUUUAGGUUCUCCAAUGGUUGAAGCAGUUUCCAUGGUUUUCAAAGAGCCCCCGGUUCCCUCAAAGGAAUCUGCUGAGAGACU